GCCUCACAUGUCGUCUUCAGCGUUUUACGUCUGUGUAUAUACCACGCCUUAGGACUGGCGCCUAGCGUUCAACCCGUUAUUCUAAUCACCAAAGACAAUCAUCGGACCGUUUUGGUAAUGUUGAGCUUGGCUUGAGUGGAAUUCGGGGGAGAUACCCAAGGGAUCCAAGCCAAGUCUGUCGUUCGUCACGAUGGAGCUGUACAAUCUCGUGCUUCCCGUUCUUUCUUUUUCGACUUACGCUUCCUUUUUCCGUCUCUCUUUUCUCUCUUCUCUGUCUUGGGCGGGCUAUUUGUGGAAGGGCUUCUUCCUGCUUUCCAACGAGCAGGGCGUUACUAGGCGUUUGUUUCACUAUGGGUUGGGCGACGACGUCCUCACAUGUGACACUGGGGUGCCAGGUCGCAGGCUGAAGAAGAAUGGAAUACGAUUUGAGGAGAUGGCCUGGGAUUUACGUUAUGUUGUUCUACCUGGGAACCAGGACGUUCUGUCUGUUUAUGAUAAUGCCGAGGGGUAACCAUGACCAGGCUUUGUCAGCAAUCAGGUGCCUCUUGCCCAAGUAGCUACCUAGGUACUAUGUAAUAAUAACAAUUUGAUAUUUGAGAAU